UCAAUCUCUCAACAAUAACCCCUUCCUUCCUUUCACGAUUUUUCUCCCAAAAAACUCCAUUUUUUUUCUUUAAUUUUCAAAACUCGAAAAAAUUAGGGUUUCGUUUAAGCACCACCAAAAAAAUCCACGUCUUCCGCCGCCGUGGUCGCGAGGUGGUUGAGUUAAAUGGACUCUCUGACUAAUACUCCAAAACGGAUGCUUUGAAACCUUAGAUACUUGCAAUAAUGGGAGAGCAACGUCAGAUUAGGUCACGUUUUUUGAAUAGAAUGCCGACCAAAAGAUGCAGUGCCAACGGCAUAAUGAACGAGUUUAUUGUUGUAGACGAUGAUGAGGUCAUCAUUCUCGAUUUCCCUGAGUCUUCUUCGAAAGGCAAAGCCCCGGAAACAUCGAGAGCCAGGGAUGAGCCUGUUUUGCAGAGAGUGAUUAGCAUUGAUGAUGAUGAUGAUGUUGUUGUUGAUGAUACGGAGAAUGUUCACAAAGAUGGGAGUAGUUCAAGCGUGCACACAUCUGUAGAAGUGGACAAUGAUGAUGAUGAUGAUGAUUGCCAGUUCGUUCAAGAAAAGCGUGCUGCGUUUAGGUUUACGAAAUGCAAUCAGGCUACUACAGGGCCUUCUUCUGGAACUCGGUUUGGGUUGGAUUCUGAAUCUGAGAGUGAUUUUUCUGAGAGCGACUGUUCGGAUUGUGAGAUUUUGGAAGGUUCUCAGGGAGAGGUCCGGGAGCAGUGGGAGAAAGCUUUUUUGGAAAAAACGAAGAAAGCAGGUAAAGCUGGUCUGAGUGAGGAGGCUGGUCCUUCAAAUCUCCACUUCGACAAUAGUUUUAGGUCUGGUUGUGAGAGUAGUAGAGCUGAGCAACACGUUCAAACUGAAUUCUUCUUUACCGCAAAAAAUGAGCGUAGGGGUAAGAAAACCUCUUCAGCUUUCUUUGGAACCGAGAAAUCAGGUAAAGCUGGUCUGAGCGAGGAGGCUGGUCCUUCAAAUCUCCACUGUGACACUAAUUUCAAGUCUGGUUUUGAGAGUAGAACUUAUCAAACAUCUUCCUUUACUUCAAGAAAUGCAGAUAACAGUAAAGAGAGGUCUUCAACUUUCUUUGGAACCAAGAAAUCAGGUAAAAGUGGUCGGAGUGAGGAGGCUGGUCUGUCAAAUAGGACUGAACUACAUGAUCAAGCAUCUUCCUACUUUACUGCAAGAAAUCCAGAUGGUCGGAAAGAAACCUCUUCUACUUUCUUUGGAACCGAUAAUAGAAAUCCUAAAACGUCUUUAUUUGCCGAGCCUUCUUCACUGUCACCACCCGAAAUACAAGUUGAGCAUGAAAGGUCAAAUUCACCUGCAACUGAUCCUACAUCGUCAGAAGAACAGAGAAAACAAAAUAGUUUCAAAAAAGUUGAGGAACAGCCUGACACAGUGCCAGUUCAGUGUCAAACUACUUCAAAGUGGCCCAAAGGGAGUCAAAAGAAAAAGGCAGCAGAACAUUCUUAUACCAAGGAAGUUGUACAAGAAGAAGAAGACCCCUCAAAAUCAUCUCUCCCACACACUUCUGAUGUAAGUAAUGGAGCCAGAUGUAAGCGUGGGAAGGGUGAAACAAGGGAACCAAUCAUUGAUCCUAUCCCAUCUACUAGUGAACAAGUGCAGCAAGGUCUUCAAGGUACAGCGCCUGCAGUCGAUGUCAUGCUGAACAGAGAAAUAUUGAAAGAGACAGAUGAAUACAAGAAGGCACAAGAAGAAGAAUGGGAGUCAAGGCAACGGCAGUUACAGCUCCAGGCAGAAGAAGCUCAGAGGCAACGUAAGAGAAGAAAGUUAGCAAACACGCGGCAGUUGGAGAUGGAAAGAAGGCAAAAGGAGAGGGUAGAGGAAGUGAGAGAGACACAGAAGAAGGAUGAAGAAAGCAUGAACAUGAAGGAGGAAGUCCGUGCAGAAAUAACCAAAUCGCUUAAACUUCUUGAACUCAAUUGCUUCAACAUGGCAGCUUUGCUUCGAGGCUUAGGGAUUCCAGUUAAUGGUGGAAUAUCUCCUCCGCCACAAGAGGUACAUGCAGCUUAUAAACGAGCUGUACUGAAAUUUCAUCCGGACAGAGCGAGAGGUGACAUCAAACAGCAGGUCGAAGCAGAGGAAAAAUUCAAGCUUAUUGCUCGGAUGAAGGACAAAUUUUUACCAUGACACAUUGACCAAAAGAUGAUUUUAUAAGAGUCUUUUUUUUGUUUUGUUUUGUUAAUGGAAUUCUAGAAAUGAUGAUUCCCUGUAAAUCAGUUUCUUUUUUCGUUCAAGUAUCCAACAAAACCAAAUUGUUGAGGCUGUUUUUAUAUAUAAAAAAAGAAUACUUAAAAGAAGAGAAAACCAAAAGAUAGUUGGUAUUAUCAUCUCUUCUUGCCUGUCCA